UUUAAAAGGACUCAUUAAUAAUAAAUACGUAAUAUGAAUACGUUAUAUACGUAGUAUAUACUUAAAGAUCACAAAACCAAACGUAUAUCGGACGGCGCUUAUUUACAUAUAAUAAUAGUCAUCGGCUAAUAUGCUAGCUUUGAUUUAGCUAAGAAAGAUAGAUCAUAUCAGACAUGAUUGCCGUGGUUUUUUUACUCCAUUAAUUAAUUGAUCAAUUAAUGGUUUAAUUGUUUUCCACCCUCUGAUUUGAUUUUACUUAAUGAUCGAUUGUUAAUACUUGUUCAUCUCGUAAUUAACGAUUGCGGUCUUUGUUGUUCCACAUUGUAAUUGUACGGCCAUGCAGAUGAUGCGGAGGAAGAGACCUGCUGCUGAAGUUGCCGGAGAAUCAAGAACUGAUUCAUGUCCCACAGUCUUUGCCGGAGCACCGACGACUCCGCCCGGAGCCGCUCGUUUUCCGUCUGCACCAUUUGGCACUGGGCGGUGGCGGUCUGAACCCGGUUCAGCAGAUCCCGGUUCAACAGUCUCUGCCGGUUCGCUUGGUUCCUCAGGUUCUCCAAAUGUUUUUGUUUUCUCAUCCUGGACCGCCGCGCCGACUCCCGGUUCGAGAUCAUUCUCCGCCGCUUCCGUUCAUCUACUUCGGACGCGGAGUUGGCUGAUAUGCUCCGCUUUCGGUUUCCUUCAUCGGAACCGGAGUUAGAGUUGGCUUCGGACUUCGGGGUCGGCUUCUCGUCAUAUGAACCGGAGCUGGAGUUUGAUAUAACCGGUUCUUGGGGAACCGGGGUUGGAACGGGCGGAAGAACCGCCGGUUCAUGGGGCUGGAAAUCGAAGGAAGAAUCCCAUGGGAAAUCGGGGAAUGGGUUUGAGAAAAGAGAGUCAAACGUCGCCGGAAUAGCUGACAACAUGACCGGAAAACUAGUUAAGCGGCGGGGAGGGAGAUCGGAG